CACCUUUUACGGCUGGGAUGAUGUUGUCAUUUAGCCGUGGAGGGAGGAGGGGUCGACGGACGAGGGGGAGCGGAGAAGGGAGGUACAGAGGGAAAAGGAGUGGCCUUGUGCAGAUAGUCGUCCUCUCUGCCGGAGUCAAGUCUUCUCAGUGUGGCAGCUCAGAGGAGGGAAAACAAAGGUUGGGAGAUACAGAACAGGGAAAGGAAGAAGAAGAAGAAGAAGAAGAAAAAAGGACAGACAGCCAUCUUCACAGCACUCUCUGCUACAGCUGCUCACCCAGACAGUCAUGGCAUCAGCAGCUCCACCUAAGAAGAUGGUGUCCUCCGUCUUCAUCACUCUGUCAUCCCCCCACCGGGCCACCGUGACACCCCAGCAGAGGGCGACCCCUCCAGCUCACAGCGGCCUCGCCAAAGACAAGCAGCCCAACGAGAGCGCCCCCGCCUCCAGACGCAGAAAGGACAACCCGACAUCCCCCGGCGGCGUGGACACCAGGGACCAGGCGCGGCCUCAGAGCCUCAGACCUGGACUCGGCAGAAGAGCCAUGUACGAAGACGACGACGGCGGCGCCGCAGCAUACCCUCCUCCUACUCCUCCUGCUCCUGCUCCUGCUCCCGCGCCUCCUUCAUCUCUGAGAGCAGCUCUCCCCGAGGAAUCUGCACUUCCUCCUCCUCUUCCUCCUCCUCCUUCUACUCCUCCUCCACACCUCCAGACUCUCGUCUCACCUCCUCUGACCGAAGUCCAGCAGCCGGCGUACGGCAGAGAGACAGACAAAGACGUCUCAUCCUUGGGCUCGAAACACGGACCACAGACCCAGGUGGUCCGUGUGAACGACCAGGACCAGCUCAGAGAGAGCAGAGAGGUGUGUGGCUUCUGUCGUAAGCCCGUGGCGCUCUCUGAGCCCGCCAUCCAGGCCUUGAACAGGACGUACCACGAAGGUUGUUUCCAGUGUAGGUCCUGUCACGUCCCUCUGGCUGGAAAACAGUACUACAACAAGGCCGGGAUCCCACUGUGUGACGACUGCUACCAGGCCAGUCUGGAACUGUGCUGGGCGUGUGGUGACAUCAUCACAGACCACGUGAUCCGGGCUCUCGAGCGACCGUACCAUCCUUUUUGUUUCACCUGCACAACAUGUAAACAACAGAUCGGAGAGCAAAGUUUUGCCCAGGGGGAGGUUGGCGAGGUUUACUGUCUCCAGGAUUACUACAGAAAGUACGCCCCCCAGUGCCACUGCUGCAAUCAGCUAAUUAUUCCCAAAGAGGACGGCACAGACAGCUACACUGUGGAGUGUCUGGGACGCUCCUACCACGAGAACUGCUACAGAUGUGAGGUCUGUGUCAUCCAGCUCUAUCCUGAACCCAAUGAGCGCGGCUGUUAUCCAUUGGACGGGAGGCUGCUUUGCAAAGCCUGCCAUGUGAAGCUGGUUUCUGGUCAGCACUAGCACCGCCGCGGGGGAAACCGCUGAUGGGAAGGUUACACCAGUCCUGAUCAAAAGAGCCGGGAGUUCAUGUAUGCGGUUCGGAUUUCUGACAUAUGAAUGUCGUACAUCUCUUUUCUCCCAUUGGACCGAAUGUGGUUGUUGUCUAAAAAGAACAAUUCUGUAUCGUCGACAUAGAAGAUCAUCUUCAUACACUAUAGUACUUUCCUUGGCUGUUUCUUUCAUAUACGAGAUACCAAAAUUCACCAAUCGUAUUUAUACAACAGACUUAUAUGGACAUCUGUCUCCACCGCAUUAGUUUCUUUUCAUAAUAUAUCCAUCUUUGUAUUAAAAAGAACAAAAAAUUAUACUUAUGUAAAAAUGAAAUAAUAUAUUUUAUCCAAUAAGGCGGAGCUCGAGAUAAAUUACAAUUGUUUUAUUACCUACUAUCGGGAAAAAUUGGGAAACAUUUGUCAUGAAUUUUUUAUUUCAAUUUGUUUGAAUGAUUCAGUAUCUAUGAUGGGAUAUUUGUCGUCACAUUUUAGCUUCACCCUCUGAACCCUUCAUUUCAUCUCAAUGACCUGUCGAUGACAAACAUACAAAACUACCUAGAUGAGAGAUUCACUGCACCAAUACUUGACACUUGUUAUGCACUUCUAUUCUUUUACUCUCUUGUCACAAAGUCCUACCUUAUUCCAUCACUAAUCAUAUCCAUUUUUUUUAUUUUCAUAUUACUCUCAGAAGAUUUAUAUUGUUGUUUAUGAUUUGAAAUCGAAACUGAACAUUCGGUUUUCAGUGAUACACGUAUUAAAAUGUGUUUUUUUUCUCUGA